AUGAAGUUUGUAAAGAAUCUUUCCGCCCUAGUCUGCCUUAGUGUACUAAUUGGUAGUGCCGUUACAGCCCCUGCAUGCGGUGGAGGUGGUGCCUGUGGUGGUAGUGGUGGAGGUGGAGGAGGCAGCAGUAGCAGCAGCGAGGAAAGUGGUGGUGGUGGAAGCGGUACCGGAGGAGGAUGGGGUGGCGUAAGUGGAGGCGGUGGAGAUGCAGGUGGUGGCGAUGGUGGUAAUGGUGGUGGCGACGGUGGUGACGGAGGAGCUGAUGGAGCCGAUGGUGGAGGAGAUGGCGGGGCUGGAGCAGAUGCAAGUGGUGGAGGCAGAGCUGCAGGUGGUGCUUACGCGCCUGGAGCCGGUGGAGCAGCUUAUGCACCUGGUUGUGGACAUGGAGACGGUUCCGGUUAUUGUGGACAUGGAGCAGCUUACGCUCCGGGUGGACCUGGUGCGGCUUACGCACCUGAAGCCGGUGGAGCAGCUUAUGCACCUGCUGGAGGGGCAUCGGGUAAUGGAGGUGCUGGCGCUGCUUAUGGUGGCGGAUGUAAUGACGGAGAUUCUGGAGAAUGUGAUGGUAACUCUGGUGAGCAUGGCGUCGGAUAUGGGGUCGGAGCUGCAGCCCCUGCUCCAGGAUAUCCAGGUGCAGCUAUGCCAGCGGCUGCUCCUCUACCCCCUGCAGCUGCACCUCCUCCUCCAGGAUUCGCUCCACCCCCUGCCUUUGCUCCACAUGCACCACUACCACCUGUGUACAGCCCACCAGUUCCAGCACCAAGGGCACCAGCUCCAGUUCCACAAGCUCCAGCUGCAGCUCCAGCCCCAGUCCCGGCUCCAGCCCCUGCACCUGCACCCGCCCCAGCCCCAGCUCCAGCCCCUGCACCAGCUCCUGCACCAGCACCCGAAACCCCCGACACCAGUGGAGAAAAUGGUAACGGUGGUGACAAUGGUGGUGAUAACGGCGAUAACGGUGAUAACGGAGACAACGGUGAUAACGGAGACAACGGUGACAACGGUGAUAACGGCGAUAACGGCGAUAACGGUGAUAAUGGUGAUAACGACAGCGGUGCUGAUAACGGAAACGGGGGUGACAACGGUGGAGGAUGUGAUGCAAAUGGCAAUGGCAAUGGCAAUGGAAAUGGAAAUGGCGAAAAUACCUGUAACGCAGCUUAAGAGCUUCGACCUGGUUGAUUGCGUGAGGAGGAAAAUCCAGGCAUGGUGAUGGUUAUUUCUCACUCAAUAACCAACUAAAUGUGUGUUUUAGUCUCGUCUACAAUGUACUUAUUUAUUUUGUUAUUUAUUAUGAUUAUUUAUUAACGCCGUUCCAUAAUCAUGGUCUGACGAUGAAAUGAAGAAACGUUUGUUUCUGAUGUGGUAAUUCACUUUAAAAAAUGUAAUUAAGCAUUAUUUCUACUUUGUGUUAUUGAAGAUUCAGACAUUCAUAAAAUGAGAAGUUUUGU